GCAUGGUGCUUUCGUUUCCAAUGAGUGAUGGACAUAGAAUCGAAGAAGGACAUAAAUUGAGAAAUCAUUACAUAAGUGCAAGCCCUGUAGGACAAAAGGAUUUCAUCUUUACUUAUGAGUCUUUUUCGUUCCUAUGGCCCUCAAGUACAUCAGCCUUUAAUGUUGGGGUGGGAAAUUGUCAGGUAUUAGGGGCUGCAGUUCUUCUCCAUGAGACCUUGGAGGGCCACAUUCAUCUUCUGCAACCUAAAAAAGAUUUUGAAAACCAAACAGGCCCCUAAUUCCUCAUUGGGUGGUUGAGGGACAAUUGGUUAUAUUUUUCACCACCAGGAAAUCGCAUUCAAAGCACCCCGAAAGAUGGCCAUCCAGCCUCUGCUUAUAGAAUCAUAGAAUAAUAGAGCAGUGUCCUCUUUUUUCAGAAGGAAGGGACCAGGUCAAUUAAAAGGGUUUGAGGGCAGCAAAAAUGUGCCAGUGUAUACAUGCGCUCUCUCAUACAUAGUUCCCUGAUUUUCCUCAUCCCUACUUUAUGUGUCUUCUAAUACUUCUUCUCAGCCUGCAAUCCAGCCCUCUCUAUACUGUUGUGUCUCCCUAAAUGGAAGCACAGAGAAUCAAAAUUGUUUACAUGUUCAUCCAGCCCUGAACAUACAGUCUCAUGUGACUGGCAAAGCUUAGCAGAGGUUGGGCCUUGGGUGGGAGUCCACCAAGGAAUGCCAGGGAUCUCAGUGCUAGGAAAUAAUCCUGCCUGAAAUUAAGGAGAGCUGCUUGUGUUACUGUCUACAAAUGCAACCUUCACCUUGAGGCAAUCCACAGGGGUGAAUAAUAUUGGCUGUGUUCUAGAAUAUCCCAGAAAUUCUAUAGGUCACUAUGAUGCAAACAAUGUAGAGCCUGUAACAGACCUGAGUUGUCCCCCACACAAUCUGACUUCGUUGGGCGCCCAUGUUGCCCGAUAUGUAUUCUCAUACAGCCCUGUGUUAGGAAUGUCAGCUUGCAUCUUAACUUUUUAAGCCAACAGCCGAACAGUGGGUUAGACCUGAUGGCUGCAAAGAGAAAAACAAAAACCAAGAAGACUACUUCUAUCUUGCAGACUGGAGAUGGGUUUUCUCUUGAAAUGACAGAUGACACCACAGCCCUGCGAGCCCUGUCUCAGUUUCCCCUGCCCAAAAACCUCCUAGCUCAAGUGAUCCAGAUUGCCACUUCCUCAUCCACAGUCAAGGAGUACAUGCAGUUCCGGACGGUGGGCACCAAGACGAAGAUCUGCAAGCUGACACUGCGCUGGCCCUGCCCCAUGACCUUUGCUGCCAAGGGACGCCGCAAGGUGGAGGCGGAAAACAAAGCAGCCGCUCUGGCUUGCCAGAAGCUGAAGAGUCUUGGUUUGGUGGACAAGAACAACAACCCUCUCAGCCAUGCCAUGUACAACAUGACUUCCCUCCGGGAACUGGGCGAGAACCAGAGGAAGCCCUGCCACAUCAAAGUCCCUGAGGCGACGCUGCGCAAGAUUGAGAACUACCUGAAUCACUUUCCUGUGGAUACCCGAGAAUCCCGGCCGCGGUUGGCGGACGACAUGAUGAACCUGAGCAAGGAGUCGGGCUCCCUGAGCGACGCCAUCACAGGCAAGACCUACCUCCCCAUGUCUGAUUCGGAAGAGGUGCGCCUCAGCCAGAGCCUCCUGGCGCUCUGGAAGCGGCGGGGCUCCUCCUGGCAGGAGAGCCACACGCUCCCCGUGGACUCCCACCGAGACACUAUCCUCUCCGCUGUGGAGCAGAACCCUGUGGUGGUGAUUGCCGGGGACACGGGCUGCGGGAAGACCACCCGCAUCCCCCAGCUUAUGCUGGAGAACUACAUUCUGGACGGGCGCGGGGCCCAGUGCAACAUGAUCAUCACGCAGCCCCGGCGGAUCAGCGCCAUCUCCGUGGCCCAGCGGGUGGCCCAGGAGCUGGGCUCCAACAUGCGGAAGAACGUGGGCUACCAGGUGCGGCUGGAGAGCAAGCCCCCCGCCCGGGGAGGGGCCCUGCUCUUCUGCACGGUGGGCAUCCUCCUGCGCAAGCUGCAAGGCAACCCCCGGCUGGAGGGGGUCAGCCACGUGAUUGUGGACGAGGUCCACGAGCGGGACGUCAACACCGACUUCCUGCUCAUCCUGCUGAAGGGCGUCCAGAAGCAGAACCCCAACCUCCGGCUGGUGCUGAUGAGCGCCACGGGGGACAACCAGCGCUUCUCUCAGUACUUUGGGGACUGCCCAGUGGUCAAGGUGCCGGGCUUCAUGUACCCGGUCAAGGAGUACUACCUGGAGGAGAUCAUGAACAUGCUGGGGCGCCACCGGCACCGGCACUACGAGAUCAAGCAAUCAGACGAGGAGUGUGUCCUCGACUUGGAGUUGAUCACAGACCUUAUCCUUCAGAUUGAUGCCCAUGGGGAACCAGGCGGCAUCCUUUGCUUCCUUCCUGGCUGGCAGGAGAUCAAAGGGGUCCAGCAGCGUCUCUUGGAGUCUCUGGGAUCUCACAACAGCCGCUACCUUGUCUUACCAGUUCAUUCCAACAUCCCCAUGAUGGACCAACAGAGCAUCUUCCCACGACCACCGCCCGGGGUGCGGAAGAUUGUCUUGGCCACCAACAUAGCCGAGACUUCAAUCACCAUCAACGACAUUGUUCACGUUGUGGACAGCGGGACCCAUAAGGAGGAGCGCUAUGACCUCAAGACCAAGGUUUCCUGCCUGGAGACGGUGUGGGUCUCCAAAUCGAACGUCAUCCAGAGGCGAGGGCGCGCUGGCCGCUGCCAGUCGGGCUUUGCCUACCACCUUUUCCCUCGCAGCCGCCUGGACAGGAUGCCCACCUUCCAGGUGCCAGAAAUCCUCCGCACUCCCCUGGAGAACCUGGUGGUCCAGGCCAAGAUCCACAUGCCGGAGAAGACGGCGGUGGAAUUCCUCUCCAAAGCCCUUGACAGUCCGGACAUCAAAGCCGUGGACGAAGCGGUGAUCCUUUUGCAAGAGAUUGGUGUGCUGGACCACAGAGAAGGCUUGACCACGCUGGGCAAACGCCUGGCCCAGAUCUCCACGGACCCCCGGCUGGCCAAGGCCAUCGUCCUGGCCUCCAUCUACCGCUGCAUCCACCCGCUCCUGGUCAUCGUCUCCUGCCUCACCAGGGACCCCUUCAGCAGCAGCCUCCAGAACCGCACGGAGGUCGACAAGGCCAAGGCCAUUCUGAGCCGAGAGAGUGGCAGUGACCACCUGGCCUUCGUCCGAGCCGUGGCCGGCUGGGAGGACGUGCUCCGCCGCAGGGACAGCCGUGCCCGAGACAACUACUUGCAGGAUUAUCUCCUCUAUGCGCCCAGCCUGCGCUUUAUUAAUGGUCUGGUGAAGCAGUUCUCCGAAAACCUCUACGAGGCCUACCUGGUGCCCACCCCCUCCGACUGCCUCUUGCCGUCGUCCGUCUGCAACCAGUACAGCGAAGAGGAGGAGCUGGUGAAGGGCGUCCUGAUGGCCGGGCUGUAUCCCAACCUCAUCCAGGUGAGACAAGGCAAAGUGACCAGGCAGGGCAAGUUCAAGCCCAACAGCUACACGUACCGGACCAAGGCUGGGACCGUUCUUCUGCACAAGUCAACCAUCAACAGGGAAGCCUCGAAGCUCUACAGCCGCUGGCUGACCUACUUCAUGGCGGUCAAGUCCAAUGGAGGCGUCUUUGUGCGAGACUCAUCCCAGGUGCACCCGCUGGCUGUGCUGCUCAUGACGGACACAGACAUCCAUGUGCGGGACGACGGCUGGCGCGCGACGGUCUCCCUGGUGGACAGCGACCUGCUGGUGCUGGAGGGGGACUCCUACACCAUCCGGCUCCUGCGCGACUUCCGCGUGGCGCUCUCCCGGAUGGUGGAGGCCUGCCUCUGCUACGAGAUGGCGGCCAUCCCCGGGGACCUGCACCACCAGCACAGCCAGCUCCUGGACAUCCUUGUGGACCUUCUCAAAGGGCCGCCCGGCAGCUUCGGAGCCUAGGCCCCGGCACUGCGCCACCGAGGAGGAGCAGCAGCAGCAGCACCUGGACAUGGGGACUUGUGUAAUUUGUACAAAACGCUGUUGACAAAUGUUUAUUUAAAUAAAGUUCUAUUUAUCCCUUGUGA